CAUUUGUUUUUGUGGGGUAUGAAAAUGCUGCCGUGUGAAGACUUUUCUAAUUUGUCAAGUCAUCUUAAGUCUUUGCCGUCUGUUAAAAGAGAAAGAGCCUUUUAUUGGAGCUUAAAUUGCCAUUUAAGAACAUAUUUAGAUAAAAAUUAUUCUGUGGUUUCAAAUUUAGCAACACAAAGGAACUGUGAAAUUGUGCUUUUGGCUAUUCAAGAAUUGAAAAAGAUUCACUGUGGAUGGUGGGAUAAAAAUUAUGCUGCGGGUUCAAAUUUAGAAGCCUAAAGGAACUGUAAUUUUGUGCUUUUGGCUAUCCAAGAACUGAAAAAGAUUGAAUCGUUUGCCCUGUAGAUGGUGGGUUUUCUACAUCUCUGGGAGGGUAUUUUAGUAGUAUAUUGAAAGACAUGAAGUGUUUUCCGUUCUACACUGGUGAGAAGAAGGAAGAACCUAACACAGUGAAGUCAAAUUCAGGUCUAUCCUCCUCUUCCGCACUUUCUGAUCGUGAAUUUAGGCAGUCUCGUCUUGAGUCAGGCUCUCAGAAUGCAUCGGAUACGAGCACAGAGUCCAGAGGAAGGAGCCAAUUUCCCAGCCUGUCCGAUAGGCCUUCCGAUCUCAGGGUAUUUACAUUCUCAGAACUGAAAGCAGCAACGAAGAAUUUCAACCGUAUUACCAAGAUCGGGGAGGGUGGAUUUGGAUGUGUAUAUAAGGCCACUGUAAAGAGCGGUGAGGAUUCAGUUAAAAAGAUUGACGUGGCUGUAAAACAACUCGGUAGGAGAGGAUUACAGGGCCACAAAGAGUGGGUGACAGAAGUUAAUUUUCUGGGGGUGGCUGAACACAGAAACCUCGUCAAAUUAGUUGGCUACUGCGCAGAAGAUGAUGAGAGAGGAAUCCAACGGCUUUUAGUGUAUGAAUACAUGCCUAACAGAAGUGUUGAAAACCAUUUGUCAGCUAGGUCAGAAACGCCUCUCUCCUGGGCAAUGAGGUUAAAGAUAGCCCAAGAUGCUGCUCGUGGCUUAACAUACCUACAUGAAGAAAUGGAUGUUCAGAUCAUCUUCAGAGAUUUCAAAUCUUCAAACAUUCUCCUGGAUGAGCAAUGGAAUGCUAAGCUGUCCGAUUUUGGAUUGGCUCGUUUAGGACCCCCUGAGGGUCAAAGCCAUGUCUCAACUGCGGUUGUUGGAACCAUGGGAUAUGCUGCUCCUGAAUAUGUUCAAACUGGCCGUCUCACUUCCAAGAGUGAUGUGUGGAGCUAUGGGGUCUUUCUUUAUGAGCUGAUUACUGGUCGACGCCCAUUAGAUCGAAAUCGUCCCAGGAGUGAGCAGAAGCUCUUAGAGUGGGUAAAACCGUACAUAUCAGAUUCUAAGAAGUUUCAGAAAAUAUUAGACCCAAGGCUUGAAAGUAAAAUCUCAAGGUCAGCCCAGAAGCUCUCCAUUGUUGCCAACCGCUGCUUGGUCAGAAAUCCAAAGUCACGGCCGAAAAUGAGUGAGGUCCUGGAAAUGGUGAACAAAGUUGUCGAAGCGUCAACAGGAACAGGAAAUCCUGAACCACCUGUGAGAAUUGCGGAACCAACUUCACCAGAACCUGAAAGAAAAGGUAAAAGGAGGAUAAUUGAUAUUAAAGAUGGUGGACGGUUAGUACGCAUGUGGUCAACAAAGCUGACAAACACCUGUUAAUAUAGUAAUUUUCAAUAUGCACAAAAGAAAAAGGAGACAAGAAAAAGUUGACUGAACAUUAUAUCCUUCAGCGAGAAAGGUAACACAGAAGUGCAGAUUAUAUUAUUCCCAAUAUAUGUGGUGACUUUUGUCAUUAUAUGUGACUUGCUGCAGAAUCUUCUGGAGAUCCUUAAUGAUGAAUGAAGGGGUUUGGCAUUUUGUAUAAGGAAUCUAAAGCUCUCAUGGUACUACUGAUCUUGGUAUUUUCAGUUUCAUUGAAAACGGCAUUUAUAGUUUUCUAUGAUAUCCAAGAAAAUGAAUAAGAUGGGAAAGUUUGUUUUGUUAUACAUGAAAGUUAGUGAGACUCGUUGAUAUAGAGAAAUGGAAUCUAGUGUUAUAAACUCUUUUCUAUUCUGAGUCAUGUUUGUUUAGGAAUGUGAUCUGAAACAAACAUUCAAGUGAAAUAUUGAAUCUUGUAACUAGAUUAUUUCAAUAUCGAAAAUGGAAAUGAGUUUUUUUGUGGUA